AGCCCAUUUUGAUCCAACCACUCUUUCCCUCUCUCUCUAAUCACCUGGUUCCAUUCACCCACGACUCCCAUCGAACACCCACCACCGCCUUUUAACUACACGCGGCAAAACCUCCAUAGCCCACCUGUGACCACCUCUUCUUCUUCGCUAUUGAAGCUUUCUCCCUCUUCCCUCAGUCUCACGCCUUGGAAAAUAGUUAGCUUAGAAGUACAUUCCAUCUGAUCUUGGUUGCCCCUGAGGAUGCAGCGUCUGAAACUUCCACUACGGUUUCCCAAAUCCAUUCCUUAUGGUUACAGAGCCUUCCACGAUAAGACGCAGCUGGAGAAUGUCGGGCCGCUGGCUUCAAUCCUCAAGUCCCGGGCAGUGGUUCGGUUCCGAGGUCCAGAUACAGUUAAGUUCCUUCAGGGGCUGUUGACAAAUGAUGUAAGGAGGUUUGGUGAACCCUUGAGUGAGAAGACCUCAACAUUGGUCACACCCAAUUUAUCCUCGGAGUCCAUACCACCUAUGUAUGCCGCGCUAUUAACACCUCAGGGAAGAUUCUUAUAUGAUUUCGUCUUGUAUGGCCUGCCUAGGCCGGAUGCCAAGCUUAAUAGGGCUGGGUCGGGACCUGGGGCAGACCCAGAUGAGCCGUUGGAGGUCUUUGCUGAUGUAGAUGCUUCAGUCUUGGACGAACUCUUGAGCACCUUAAAGAAAUACCGUUUGAGGGCUAAGGUUGACAUUGAGAAUGUGGCAGACGAGUUACAUUGCUGGCAGCGUUAUGGGGGAAAGCUAUCUAAGAAGGACUCCUCUGUAGAAGAACCAGAAGCUGCUAGUGUUGGCUGGGGUGCUGGUGUUGAUCGCUUAGGCAUGUCAACUUCACGUGGAGAGCCUUGUGGAUGGCAGUGGUUUAAGGAUCCGAGAUUGGAUUGCCUUGGUUUCAGGGGGAUCUUCCCGUCUAAUACAACACCACCUUUGGUUGAAGCUGACAAAGAAACAGAUGAACAAAACUACCUUCUAUGGAGAAUAGAAAAUGGUGUUGCAGAAGGAUCAACCGAGAUCCCUAAAGGUGAGGCAAUUCCUCUAGAAUAUAACCUGGUGGCUCUAAAUGCAAUUAGCUUUGACAAAGGGUGUUAUGUGGGCCAAGAGCUUGUUGCUCGAACACACCACAGAGGGGUCAUUCGCAAACGCCUGCUUCCUCUAAAAUUUCUCAAGGAUAGCGGAGAAGAAGCAGAGCAGAAGGUUGCCCCUGGCUCCGAAGUGAUUGAUAGUGUUUCUGACAAGAAAAUUGGUACUGUCACAACUCAACUUGGAUGUCGUGGACUUGGUGUCUUGCGUUUGGAUGAAGCUUUUAAAGGAUCAAGUACAUUAACCAUACGAGGCCAGGACGACGUGAAGGUCGAGCCUAUUAGACCCGAUUGGUGGCCGCCUGAAUGGUUGCAAGAACAUCAGCGUCGAAGUGCAGCUGCUUAAAAUUAGUCGCUUUGUAUGGGCUUCCUUGAUCCUGCAAGUCGUUGUUGUGGUUCUAAUACCUUCAUUGAUUUUGUUGAAAGAAAAUAAGGGACGUGUUGUCCUGUUUCAAGAAAGAUGAGGUUGUAUAUUUAAGCUUACUCAUCUUUAGAGCUUACAACAAUGGAGUUUCACAGUCGAUAUGCCACUAGUCAGUUGAUUUCAACUCAUUUGUUGACUACACAAGGUUGUUAAUGAUUAGUGCUGUUAGUAGUUUGAGAUAAAAUGCUAGUUUGAAAACCCCGA